ACAAGGACUAUUAGGAAUUGUAACUGAAUUUUGGAAUGACAAUAAAGAAUUUAAUAGAUAUUUGCAAGGAAUUGAAAAAAACCAAUACACAACUAGAUCUACUGCUAAAAAAAAUAAAUUACAAAAAAAAUCUGAAACAGGCUUAGAUGAAACAGAAAGAAACUUGACAAUUCGAGAAAAACAACUUGAAUUAGAAGAACGUGAAGCAGAAUUGGAAUUAAAAAGAUUGAAUAUUAAAAAAAUGAAAAAAAGAUCUUAA